AUGAAAGUCAAAAGCCUUUUGGGGCUAAUGCCACUUCUUGCCCCUACUUGCGCAGAGCUUGUGCGUCUACCGCAGUCGAUCAGCGACAAUCCUCAGUUGGGUGAAGUAAAUAUCCCCAGGCGAGACAACGCCCAACAUAAAACCUCAUGGCCAUAUGGUCCCUUCAGUACGAAAGGUAGAGAUAUCAUUAAUUCUCGCGGCGACGUGAUCCAAUGGGCCGGAGUCAACUGGCCUGCACAUCUGGAAACUAUGAUACCUGAAGGGCUAGAAUUCAAGUCCGCUGCGGAUAUCCUAGACGAUAUGGCCGGAAUUGGAUUCAACUUUAUACGAUUAACUUAUGCCGUCGAAAUGAUUGAUCAAAUCUACGAGCGUGACGGUAUGGAUGUUCCUCUCGAGCAGGCUAUGCUUGAGGGCUUGGGCCAGGUAAAUGGCAGUAAGGUCACCAAUGAAAUCGUUGCGCGAAAUCCUAGCUGGACACCAAAGACAACGCGCUUCCAGAUCUGGUCAGAUAUAGCACGGCUCGCAUUACAAAAAGGUAUUUUUAUCCAUCCGGACACUCAGAUGAGUACCGCCGAGUGGUGCUGUUCGCAUACGGACGGCAAUGGAUGGUUUGACGACGUGGAUUUUGAUGUCAGCCGAUGGCAUCGUGGUAUGGCGUACAUGGCGACAUGGGCGAAGGGACAUCCCAAUGUCGUCUCCAUGUCACUACACAAUGAGCUGCGGGAGUCGUGGAACCGAACGAAUCUCUACUACGACUGGAUGACGCUUGUAGGCAAUAUGAGCGCCGGUGCGGACACAAUCCAUAAAGCUAACCCGGACCUGCUGAUCACUUGGUCUGGGAUGCAGUACGACCAGGACUUGUCGGCACUGACAACACGGAAGAAUCUGCUUACUGCGCCGUGCUACAAAUGCACGGCUAUUCGAGAUGCACACCGUCGAUCACCAGUGUAUUUCGACCUUGACAGCUAUCCCUGGGCAAACAAGAUUGUUUGGGAACUGCACUUGUACGAUAUGAGCGAGGAUAUUGAUACUGGGACGUGUCCCAUUAUUGAGGCUGCCUUCUAUCGCAAUGGCUUCAAUGCUUUGGGCAUCCCACCGCCAGCGGAUGGAUGCCGUCUCACUGGCGACUGCCCGCCGGCACAGAGGUUGACACCAGUGAUUCUCUCUGAGUUCGGCAAUGCCCAGGACGCCAGCUUGUUUAACGCGACACUGCAAGAUUGCAUCCGAACCUUUACCAAAGCUCAUCAUAUAAGCUGGGCUAUGUGGGCGUACGCUGGCAGCUAUCGGGUGAGAUCUGGUGCUCAAGGCGUGACCGACACCUGGGGUUUAACAAACGCCGACUGGAGCGGGUGGAAUUACCCAGAAGGUAUUCAAAAAUUCUGGAAGCCUUGGGUAAAGUCCAUGAAGCCGACCAAAUAUACUUAA